CCCCGACCCGGGGAGCCGGCGCGGGCGGGCUGCUGAGGUGGCUGUCGCCGGCUCGGAGCUACGGCUUCCCGGGUCGAGCCCCCGAUGGAGGCCGAGGCCGCGGACGUGCCCCCGGGCGGGGUCGAGGCGGCGCUCAGCUGCUUCUCUUUCAACCAAGACUGCACAUCCCUAGCAAUUGGAACCAAAGCUGGCUACAAGCUGUUUUCUUUGAGUUCUGUGGAGCAAUUGGACCAAGUCCAUGGAAGCAAUGAAAUCCCUGAUGUCUACAUUGUGGAGCGCCUCUUCUCCAGCAGCCUGGUGGUGGUGGUCAGUCACACAAAACCACGGCAGAUGAACGUGUACCACUUCAAGAAGGGCACAGAGAUCUGUAAUUACAGCUACUCCAGCAACAUCUUGUCCAUAAGACUGAACCGGCAGAGGCUGCUGGUUUGCCUGGAGGAGUCCAUUUAUAUCCACAACAUUAAAGAUAUGAAGCUGUUGAAGACCCUCCUGGAUAUUCCUGCCAACCCAACAGGUCUGUGUGCCCUCUCUAUCAACCAUUCCAAUUCUUACCUGGCCUAUCCUGGAAGCCUGACUACAGGCGAGAUUGUGCUUUAUGACGGAAACUCCCUGAAAACAGUCUGUACCAUCGCUGCCCAUGAGGGGACACUGGCCGCCAUCACCUUCAACUCCUCAGGCUCCAAACUAGCAAGCGCUUCUGAGAAAGGCACAGUCAUCCGGGUGUUCUCUGUACCUGACGGACAAAAGCUCUAUGAGUUCCGGAGAGGGAUGAAAAGGUACGUGACAAUCAGCUCCCUGGUUUUCAGCAUGGACUCGCAGUUCCUGUGCGCCUCCAGUAACACGGAGACUGUGCACAUCUUCAAGCUGGAGCACCUCACCACCAGUCGCCCAGAAGAACCUUCCACCUGGAGUGGCUACAUGGGAAAGAUGUUCAUGGCUGCUACCAACUACCUCCCUGCCCAGGUGUCGGACAUGAUGAAUCAGGACAGGGCUUUUGCCACCGGACGCUUGAACUUCUCGGGGCAGAGGAAUAUCUGCACCCUCUCCACGAUCCAGAAACUGCCAAGGCUGCUAGUCGCGUCUUCCAGCGGACACCUUUACAUCUACAAUUUGGAUCCUCAGGAUGGAGGAGAGUGUGUCUUGAUCAAGACCCACAGCUUGCUUGGCCCAGGAUCAACAGAAGAGAACAAAGAAAACGACCUCAGACCUCCCUUACCUCAGACGUACGCAGCGACGGUAGCCAGACCCAGCUCGUCUUCCACCUCCACUGUGCCAGGAUAUUCUGAGGACGGCGGGGCAGUCCGCGGAGAGGUUAUUCCGGAACACGAGUUUGCCACGGGACCAGUGUGUCUUGAUGAUGAGCAUGAAUUUCCCCCUGUAGGAACCUCUGCCUGUGGAAAACUCGAAUUUUCCUAAGGCUGCCAGGGAUGCGUCUGCAGAAUGCUGCCUUUCCACUGCUGGAGGUAGUGAGUUAACGGGGCCUGGGUGUGUUUGGGACUCUGAGCUGGCCACAGGGAGCUGACCUGCUCCCAGCCUCCAGGCUGAAGCUGGGAUGUGGGAGCUCACCUGAGCACCCUUAGCAGGGCUUCCCAGCACCUUGCUCCAGCUGUUCUGCAAGCGAGGUUCCCCCAGGGCUGGCUGAGCCCUGGGCUUGGUUUCUUCCAACAUCUGCAUCUGGAGAAAAGAUUCUCUCCCUAGGGGGUUCCCAGGGCCUCCUUGGCCGCUGCUGCUUCAAGCUUCUAGUUGGAGCAACACAGACCCCUCUUACAAGCUUCUGUUAGAAAACAUCCAAGAGGGGCAACCCAAAAUCCUUUCGAUUGGCAGCAGUAAGGGGCCAAGACUUGGACAGCCAACUCUUUAACCAGAGAGGAAUGGCCAUGUGGGCUGUGGCGCAGCACCCACAGGACCUGGGUGCAGAGCGCCCUCUCCUGAUCCUUGUUUUGUCGGGUGAGAUCCAUUUGUUAGAGUGGCAUGCAGGUCGGGCUUCUUUCUUCCCCAGAUCCGUGGGACAACCCCGUAAGCCUAUGUGGCCGCCCCCGCAAAAAAAAAAACCUUGUAUGGGCUAUUUGUGCACAACGGGGGGACAUCUGU